AUACCAGGAAAUUUUUUCCCGCCAAUAAAAACUCAAGAUGCAAAUAUAUUUUCUUUCUUGUGAAAACUGACGAGUCAUUAGUUAUGCAUAUAAAAACCGUUCUUUGAUUUGAUUUUCAGAGAAGAUGUGCAUUUAGAAAACAAAAGCGGAAUAAGAAACAAGAUUGAAGAAAGAAGCUGGAGAAGACAGUAGAAGAAACAGAUACGAGGAGAACUUACUCUCAACUUUAAUGGCUGACGCUGGAGAUAAUCAGAGAAGAAGCGCUGAAAAAGAGUCGAAAUCCAUUGAAGAAACAAAGGAGAAUGAAGACUUGGGAUCUGGAAUAAACGACACAGGUCAUCAUGUAUAUUAUUACAACCAGGGAGAUGAAGAGGUACGAGAGUAUCUGAAACAAGAGAGACUGAAAGACGUUGAGAUGCGGAGGAGAAGGCAUGAAACAGAGUCGCGAUCCAUUGAAAAAACGAAGGGCACACAUCCUGAUGAAAGAACUGAUAGGGUACAGAAAACAGAUUCAAGAUCCUUGCCCGAGAAGAAGGGUAAAGAAGACUCGGUUUUGAGAAAAAACGAAGCGGGUCAGAUUCAUGAUUACAAACACUCUACCGUAGACACGCGAGAGUGUCUGCCACAACAGAGACAACUGAGAGAUGUGGUGGGGAUGCAUAGGAGACGCCGUGAAACAGAGUCAAGAUUCUGGCACCAGGGGAGGGAUAGAUCUCCAAUUUGGAGAGAGAAUGAAUACAGAAUGAGAUUUGAUGAAAGAACUCAGGAUUGGCUAGAUAGUGACUAUGAAUCCAGAUGGAGGGUUCAUGAGAGAACUCCGGAUUGGGAUUGGAGAGAUAGUGAAUCCAGAAUGAGAUUUGAUGAAAGAACUCAGGAUAGGAGAGGGAGUGAAUCCCAAUGGGUAUUUGAUGAGAGAACACAGAGGAGACACGAACCAGUGCGACCCGGUGAAGAGUGUUGGUGUCUGCGGUGUCGCAAUGGAAGAAGUUGCCGUUACAAUCAUCCUACUCAACUUCCACAGGAGCGUCCGGUGAGGAUUGGUAUGCCGAUUUGUAAGUAUUUUCGGAGGGGAUACUGUAAGUUGGGCUCAUUUUGUAAAUUUCAACACAUAAGGGACAGGGAUGUUGCAGAAACUAUGUAUCAGGAUUGGAGAUUUGAUGAGAGAACUCAUAGGAGACACGAAAUAGAGUACUCAGGAUUCAGGCCAGAGAAGAGGGCAAAAAGUAGUGUGGAUUCCGGAAAGCGUUAUUCAAGAGAAAGAUUUGAAUAUCUAGAAGAAGGGGAAAUUCGAGAGCAUGAGAAUCCGCAAAAACAGAUACAGAGAAAUACUGAAAGGCAGGGGACAGUGGCUCAAGACAAUGUUCAGUUUCAUCAACAACAAGAAGAAGAGAUGCAGAGACCACAAUCCCAUACAACACAGCAACAACAAUCUGUGCAGCAACACCAGUUGUUGGCUUCUCAUUUUAAUCUCUAUCCGUUGGCAGAAAAAUUAACAGAUGUUAUUGAAGCUGGAACAAGAGAUCAGAAUUCUGAUGCCCUGAUACAAAGAAAUACUGAAAGGCAGAGGAUGGUAAACCGAGCAAUUGAAAGGCAGGAUAUGGAACCUCUAAUCGAUGCAAUAGUGAGGGGAAUCAUGCAAGAAAGGAGAGAGAAAGAAGCGAAUCUGCAACAACAGAGACUACAGUACGAGGAGAACUUAAUCUCGACUUUAAUGGCAGACGCUCGAGAGAAUCAGCAAGAAUCUGAGAGAAGAAGCGAUGAAACAGAGUCGAUCUCCAUUGAAGAACCCAAGGAGAAGGAAGACGAAGAUGAGAAUCUUCAAGAACAAAGACAGAGCUCCAUUGGGUCGUCGAUUCCAUCUUCCGCUAAAAGAAAAGAGAGGAUGACGCAGUCGAGUCCGUAUCCAGUUCGUCCCGGUGUAGAAAACUGUCAGUGUUACAUCAAAACUGGUUUGUGUCGCUUUGGAAGUAGUUGCCGUUACAAUCAUCCUAAUCAACGUCCACAGGUGAGGAUUGAUGCGCCGAUUUGUAAGUAUUUUCUGAAAGGAUCUUGUAAGUUCGGCUCAGCUUGUAUAUUUCAACACAUUAUGGACAGGAAUGUUGCAGAACCUAUGUAUCAGUCCAAGAUUGUUCCGGAUUCUCAAAUGCCUGAUCCAAGAGGCCAUGAAGCUCAAGAGAAUCUGCAGGAGCAGAGACAGAGAGAUAGCAUUGAGAGGCAGGGGAGAGAGGCUCAAGAGAAUCUGCAUCAACAGAGAUUUCAGGAGAUAGCAGAGAAUCACAACGUAGAUGCUCAUGAUCAAGAGAAAACGCAGCAACUCGGGUUUAAAAGAAAAGAGGGAAAGAGAACUCUCAGAUGAUUCCUUUGACCGCAAGAAACUUACAUGUGUUGAGAAUUUAGGUUAAGCUUUCGUUGCUUUCAACAUUUGCAAAAUUAUAAUAUGGUUGGGAAAAAAAAUUACAUUAGAAUGUAAGUUAGUUGAGUAGAAAUGAAUAUUUCUGAACAUAUAAAAAAUUUACACAUCAAUAUUCUUGUAUGCU